ACUAUUGCACAAACUCGAACUAUGCUGAAUACUUACACAAAUCUUUUCAGAGCUCAGGUAGAUCUGCAUGCUUGCAUGUUAUGAGAAACCCAAAAUGAAUGUUUUGCGUUAAUGGUAACUCAGCAUGAAAAACGCUUUCUGGCAAAUACAUGUACAUUUAAAUCAUGUACCUGCAAACCUCCGACAGUUUGAACUUCAGCAGAGCCCAGUGUGACCUUAAAAUCUGUGCUGUGUAUGCGUACAUGAUUGGCUUUAAAUUAGGCAAGCUGAUUAAAAAUGGACUCAGGAGGGCCCAAUCACAACAAGAGCUGUAUUAUGGCAGAGAGCCUACUCUUAAGUAUUGGCUGGUGAUGACAACACCUCAGUCCCUAGAAUCAGUCAGUACUUUCCGCAUGACACUCAAAAUAACAAUUAAUUCCUCUGAAGGAGCACAGAGAAAACAAAACAUUCCCUUUCCAAACUUUUCCUCACCAUAUCUCCCAGGCCACAUACUUACAAGCAGUGCGCAAUGUCUGUCCGGUGUGUUGAACUUAAGAUUAACAAACAUAAAAAAUGCUAUGCAAAUAAACCUGUGUGUGUUUUAUCCUGCUGCCAAGUUCUGUUACAAGUGAAACUGACAGCUAAUUUCCUGCACGGGGGGACAGCCAAAGAAAUAAGGCAUUCGAUGAGGCAAGGCAAAUGCCAUGCAUGCUGGCUGCCUCCCCUGAUUAGAUUAAAAGUCAGCCAUGCUGCUUUUGAUCAUGGAAUGAUGACAGACUAGUAGUGUCAGAUUAGCUGCUCUCAAUACCAACGGGCAGCGUAAGGAUCUGUCUCCCUGCGGAAUAGAUGAAGUCUGACGCAAGCAACACAUCUGCUCACAACUCUUUGGUAUCACAGCACCCUCUAGUGUUCAUGGGAUGUUCAAUUACGGAAUACUCACGUUACAGUGUUUUCAUCGUUCUCCUGUUCAAAAAUGUGGUAAAUCACCUGUUAUUCCUCAGACUGGCCUUCCAGGAGGGGCUGGUGCUGGAAAGAAAGCUGCUAAAGUGCCAGGUGUGGGUGUGCCUGGACUUUACCAAGGUGGACUGGUGCCAGGGAAAGGGUUUGGAGGACGUGGAGUUCUGCCUGGGGUGGCCACUGGCACCGACCUAAGUCCUAAAUCAAUUGGAGGGGGAGGACCAGGAACUCAAGGGCCAGGAGGCCGUGGGUAUGGUGGAAUGCAGCCAGGAGUUUUCCAUGGAUACCCCCUCAAAUCACCCAAAGCACAAGGCGGCUAUGCAGCAAAACCUGGAGGUGGCAAACUACCUUUGGCUUAUGGUGGUUUUGGUCAUGGUGGUGCAGUACUUCCUGGAGGUCAAGUUGGCCCUGGGUCAAGGCCUGGUUAUCCUGUUGGGACUGGAGUGGGGCCUGGGGGCAUCUCACCUGCUCAAGCUAAAGCUGCCAAAUAUGGUUAUGGUGGUGUUGGCGGUGUUGGAGGUGUUGGCGGUGUUGGCGGUGUUGGUGGUGUUGGUGGUGUUGGUGGCGUUGGUGGUGUUGGUGGUGUUGGUGGGGUUGGUGGACUGUACCCUGGACAUGUUCCUGGAGUGGGAUAUGUAGCUGGCUCCAAGGCUGCUAAAUAUGUCGUACCAGGAGGAGUACCGGGAGGAGUACCAGGAGGAGUACCGGGAGGAGUACCAGGAGGAGUACCAGGAGGAGUACCAGGAGGAGUACCAGGAGGAGUACCAGGAUUACCAUUGUCUGGUGGAUAUUCACCAGCAGCUAAAGCUGCUAAAUAUGGUCCAGGUGGUGCAGGUGUAGUUCCAGGUGGUGGGGUAGGUGGAGGAGGAGUUCCUGGACAAGUCCCAUUUUUACCAGGAUAUGGAUCUUUGGCAGCUGGUGCUAAACCUCCUAAAUAUGGAGUGCAAGGAGCAGGCCUCGGAGGAGGCGGAGUUCCAGGAGCAGCAGGGCAGAUAGUUCCAGGUGGUGGCGGCUAUGGUGGUUAUGGAGUUGGUCCUGCAGUCAAACCCCCGAAGUAUGGCAUUUCAGGGGGACCUGGAGCUGGGCUGGGAACUGCAGGGUUGGGGGGAACAGGAGGAGCGGGAGGAGUCCCUGGUGCAGGUCUAGGAGGUGUACAGUACUCUGCUGCUGCAAAAGCUGCUAAAUAUGGAGUUGCGGGGGGAGUUGGAGUAGGGUUAGGAACAGGAGGACUGGGAUUGACGGGAGGAGGCGUUCCUGGUGUAGGACCUGGAGGUGGACAAUACUCUGCUGCUGCAAAAGCUGCUAAAUAUGGUGUCACUGGAUCAGAACUUGCCGUGCCAAGAGCUACUCCGGUUACUGGUGUCAGCGGUGUUCCAGAUGGUUCUGCUGUUGUGGUACCAGGUGGCACAGGUCUUCCUGGAAAACCAGCAAAGGAUGUAGGUCCUGCUGGAACUCCUCCACCAGGCGGUGAGUUCAGUGCAAAUUUUAACAUUUACUUCAUUUUAUUCUGUUGUGUGUCUCAACCUGUUUUAAUAUACCUUUCAUUUCUGACUGUUUUGAAAGUUUCUGGUGGAAUUAUUCAGCCUAGUGCUGGCACAAGUGUUGGUGGAGCAGGCGUUGCAGUACCUUCUGGUCCUUCUGUCGGAGUCCAACAACCUGGAGGUGUUGGUGUUGGCACAGGCGUCAAAGCACCCAAACCUGGAUUUAUACCAGGCACUGGAGUAGGUGUUGGUCCAGGUGCAGGUGGAUAUCCAUAUGGUGGAACCUACGGAGUUCGUUAUGGUGUUGGUCCUGGAGGCACUGGAGCUGGAACUGGACCUGCAACGCUGCCUGGAGCAAAGCCUCUGAAACCUCCAGUGGGUGGUACAGGAGGUGGAGUUGGAAUCCCUCUUGCAGCAGGAAGUUAUCAAGGGGGAUACAGGCCACAUCUUCAUGGUUAUGGCCAGGGUGGGUUGACGUAUCCCUCCGCAGCUGGACUAGGAGGUGGAGGUGGAGCUAAGGCACCCAAACCAGGCUAUGGCAAUCUUGGAGGUGGUGGAGGAUAUCAGCCAGGUGUGGUUCCUGUGGCUCCUGGUUAUGGAGGAGGUUACCCCCAACAGUACUACCAAGCAGGCGGAUUAAUGCACAGCUGCCAGCAGCCAGGUGGAUAUGUACCCGCCCCCCUGACUCCUCAACAAGCCAAAGCAGCCAAGUACGGUGCAUUGCAGGGUUUCCUUGGCGGUGGAGGAGGAGGUGGAGGAGGAGUCUACAGAGGUGGCGCUGGAGGAUGCCAGACUAAAUACUGUGGGAGGAGGAAGUAGAGGAUCUCUUGAGAUCCUGAGUGACCUCAAGAAACCAUGGUGCUACUGCAUGAUCGAGAAUGUACAUUUUAUAUGCAAACAAACCCCAUUAGAAAUCGUGUAAAGAUGUUUUUUUUUUAACUUACUUGACUUCAACGUCUUGUUUUUAUACAAACCCACCGACCCAGAAUUUUGUACACGUUCUGAUGUGACGUAGGCUAUGUUAUUGAUAGUGCCUUUAAUCAUUAAUGUGGUCAAGUUAAUCAGCUUUAACUCCCCGUACUGCACCGGCCUACUUACAAUACGUAAGAGUGUGCUUGUGUCACCAUGUGUUGGUCCUGUGCGUGCGUGCGUGUGUGUGUGUGUGUGUAUGCAUAAGCUUGUACUGUUGUGCGAAAGACUGUCUGAACCAUUGGCUGCCAGUGUGACCUAUGACUGGUUUCCCUUCUGAUUUCACUCCUAAACCGAGGUGUGCCGCCCUCCGCCGUUAGAGCCCACGCUGUCUUGCCUGUGCAGAGCUCGUCACCUCUCUGACAUGACACGAGGGUUGGUCGAGGGUCGUCCAAAAACUGAUGAAAUCUGGACCAAUCUCAGCAUCAGUUCUGGCUCCCCGUCUUCACCGCUGCUAUUUUUAGACCUGCUGGGUACAAAGCAGUGGGAACUGGAGCUCCGGCCAACCCAUCUGCUCUCGGUAACUUUGCUGACUCUGGUUGCUAUGCAGUUCAGCUUUUCUCAGCAUUUUUAGUGUUGACAAACGUGUGAUGUUCGAAGAGCAUUUCCUGCUCUGAGGGGCAGUUUGCCGUCAAAAAGUCAUUCACUGCAGGAUGUUUAAAACCCAUGGGAAACCAGUGUUGUCUUUUCACUCCAAGUCGAUUCAAAUGUAUUUCAGAUACUACUCUGGCAUGUACAUUAUGUAUGUGUGAAUGUUUAUGCUUAUGUUCUAAAGUCUGGACUUCACACCGCUUCAGUCUGCUUCAAAUGUUUAGUCUCAUCGUAGCAGUUAUUUACAUUUAUGUAUCUUGUGAUUAUUCAAGAUUUUUUUUUUCUUUGCACCAUGCUUUGACUCAUAGCUUUAUCGUUAUCAGGAAUAUGUGAACAUAAAACAAGAACAAUCCUUUGCUUUUGCAUUUAUUCACUGUUUAGAAAUGUAAUACAGAAUAAGACUUUGUGUAUGUGAGGCAUAAGCUCCCAUUGUUCUUUAUUUACUUGAGCUGCUUUUUUCAAAAAAAAAAAAAAAGCUUACCGACCAAAGGUUCAUGAGCGCUGUUGCCAGGUGACCCCAUAUCAUUUUGUAACUGUGUACUGUAUUUUGUACUAAUUUGAUGUUUGCUGGCUCCAGUUUCUUCACUCGGUGCUGUGUAAGAACUGUCUUUGAGCCUCGCUGGGUCAGACCUUGUCUUAUGUGCCGUGGGAUACUCUUCAUCUUUAUUUAAAACUGUUUUUAUAAGGAGGAACAGUGUGGUUUUGCACUUUUUAUAUUUCCACGACACGACGUGUGACUUGUUCCCGGAUAUCCCGGCAUUUUAUUUGCUUCAUUAAAUAACUAAAUAAAAUGUGUUAAAAGAU